AUUUGUCAUUUUAGUUAAAGUUGACCAAUCACGUCAAUAAAUAUGUAAAUUAUAGUAAAAAUUUUUAGUUUUGUUUAGAAGAAAAAAUUUUGAAUCAAAAUGGUUAGUAAAAGACGUUCGAUUCACGCAACUAAUCUAAAUUUUAGACCGAAUAUAAAUGCCUGCAACAAUUCAGAACCAAAAGGCACUAAACCUACAAGUGAACCUACGUCCGUAAAAGAGAUUUUAGUGUUAAUGGUUAUGUACUUGUGUAAAAAGUCGUUAUUUUUUGAUACAAACCUAAAAGUAGGAAUAUAUUUAGCAUGCCUUUUCGUCAUAUCCCUAAUAGCGGAUGUAUUAAUGAUACCAAAAACUUACCUUUCAAGAUCAGACAAUGUACUUAACAAGGUGUUUGUGAAAUUUGCAUGGGGAUGGAAUUUAACACUUAUUGUACCUUUUAUCAUUUUAACAUCAGUGACUUAUUGUUGUGGAAAUAAACAAAAGAUUUUAAAGAACCAUAUGCCAAGAAUAGUAAUUGCCACAUUUUUUUGGUGGUUUUGGACAUCACUGUUUAAUUUCAUUGAAGCAUCUCUUGGUAGAUGUGCAAAUAAAGAUUUUGAUAGCAAAAUACUAUGUUUGAGAGAAGGUCACGUAUGGAAUGGUUUUGAUCUUUCAGGACAUUCAUUUAUAUUGAUCUAUGGUAGUUUAUUUUUAAUAGAAGAAGCAAGGUGUAUAGUAAAUUGGGAUGCUAUCAAAGAUUAUAUAAGAUUAGAAGAAUAUCAACGACAAACAAGGGAUUCUAAUGGUAAACCCAAUCCAUUACGCAACUUAACAGAUUCGGAAUUGAAGGAAGUGAAGACCAAUUAUGAAAAAUUCACACCUUAUAUAAGAUUACUUUUUGUAUUAGUAGCAGUUAUCCAAAUUUUAUGGGAUGUCAUGUUAAUAAGCACAAUGUUAUAUUAUCAUAUUAUGAUUGAGAAGUUUCUUGGAGGUGCUUUUGCUAUAUUAACGUGGUUCUUUACCUAUCGCGUUUGGUAUACCAAGCAAUCAUUACUUCCCAGACUACCAGGAGAUGGUACUUUUAAAUAUAUUAAAAGGACUCCAGUUCAAUCUACACCUGUCCGAUCUAGAAGAAAAGAUAGUUUGACUGAUCAAGGUCCUCUAUUUAUGGGUAUGCCUAUUUAUGCCAAUUAUAAGCCUGAAGAAUUAUCUGUACGAUAGUUUUAGAAAUUUGAUGUUUUUAUUAGUUAUACUUUUGUUUUUUGUAUAAUUUAUAUUUUUUAUGGGAGUUGGGAUUGUCAGUAAUGGGGAAAUCAGGAUUGUUUGUUGAAUGUUUGGUGAAAUUUACAUUACCUGAAUUGAAGGUACAAAAUAAAUAUUUUAAUUAUC